CUUCUUUCCCAAGUAAAUAACCCUUAUUUCUCACCAUCUUUUAUAAUUUUCCAUCGCCGCUACCGACCGCCACCAUGUCCGGCUACACAGAGGAAUACAUCCGGCAGAAGCUGACCGAAAAGCUGGAAGCAACCCAUGUGGUAAGUGAACGGUGGCGGGUGUUUUUUUGGGAGGCGUAUGGGGGAAACUUUCUUUUCUCUCCCGAUCAUCUUCACGCGCUUCGGUCCGACUCCCCGGGUACGAACCAGCGUCAAAAGCUGUCAAACAAAAACAACGAGCGAACGAUCGCUCUCGCGUGUGUACGUGUGUGUGUGUCCGCCGCGUUGGAAGUGUUUCGUUGUCCGGAUCAGUGAUACCGGGCCUCCCGGGAAUAUGGACGCAAAGACCGGAAUGCAGUGGUUGGUGAUUGUGGCGGCCGGACUCUUUCUACGAGCGACAGUUUCGUUGCACUCUUACUCGGGCCAAAACCGGCCCCCGAUGUAUGGAGACUUCGAGGCGCAGCGACACUGGCAGGAGGUGACGGUCAACCUUCCGGUGGCCGACUGGUACCGGAACACGUCGGACAACGAUUUGCUGUACUGGGGAUUGGACUAUCCACCACUGACCGCGUAUCACAGCUAUCUCGUCGGGUGGUGGGCUCGCCAGUGGCACGAUGAGUCUUUCGUUGCGCUGCACACGUCCCGCGGUAUCAGCACGGCUGAGCAUAAACAAUUUAUGCGAAACACGGUCCUGCUGGUCGAUGCGGUCCUGUACCUUCCAGCCAUCCUGUACGCCACGUACACCAUACUUAGGCGAAUGGCCAGGCCUAACACCGAAGUUCGGUGGCUUGCUCCCACCCUGGCUAUCCUGUUCCCGGGACAGAUCCUCAUCGAUAACGGCCACUUCCAGUACAACAACGCGUCUCUUGCCCUUUGUGCCCUAGCCGUUGCGGCCAUCGUCGAAAGGCGAACACUAGCGGAAGCCGUUCUAUUCUGUCUCGCCUUAAACUACAAGCAGAUGGAGCUGUACCACGCGCUGCCAUUCUUUUUCUAUCUUCUGCGGGACUGUUUCACCGACGGAGCGGACAAUUCUUCCACCUUCGGUCAAAGGUUCCUGGUGGGUGUGAGAAAUCUAACGUUGCUCGGCGCAACUGUCCUGCUAUCAUUUAUCAUCAUCUGGCUUCCUUGGUUGGGUUCACUGGACGCUGUUGGACAGCUGGUGCAUCGAAUAUUCCCCGUAGCACGUGGCGUUUUCGAGGACAAAGUGUCCAACGUGUGGUGUGUGGUGAACGUGUUCGUUAAACUCAGAAACGUCCCAAACACAACGAUGGCAAUCGUGUGCCUGGUUUGCACGUUGCUGGCCGUCCUGCCGAGCGGAUUACAUCUUCUACUGCAGAAGAAUCACACAGCUCGAAGCUUCCUUUACUCGCUCGUCGUAACAGCGCUAGGAUUUUUCCUGUUCAGCUUUCAAGUGCACGAAAAAUCGAUUCUUCUAGCAGCACUGCCGGCCACACUGCUCCUUCCACUGGAACCACUCGUUUCCUGUUGGUUUCUACAGUUGGCCACCUUCAGCAUGCUACCGCUACUCCACAAAGAUGGUCUUACAGGGGCUUUUGUGGGGCUAACCCUUAUCAGUCUAACAAUGGUUCGGACAGUACGGGAUUCAAAACCGUCGAACAAAAAUCAUAAACUAUCCUACGAUGUACUUCAUCUACGAGGACUUCUUCCAGAAGGGUUCGCAUCGAUUGGAAGUGUCUUCGUGGCACUGUUCUAUCUGUCACUGCUCGGGCAGGUGUUGCUCCUGGUAGCCUUCCUUUGCCUCGCUCCACCAGCGCAUCUUCCAUUUCUCUAUCCACUGCUCAUAUCGGCGUACAGCUGUGGGCAUUUUGUACUGUUUUACUUGUACUUUAACUACAGACAGUUCUGUAGCGAUCAAACUAGUGUUACACCUGAACAGCCAUCUAGAAUAAACAAUAAAAAGAAAGUGAAUUAGAGCAAAUAAAGUCGAAAACAAUUCA